GUCUUUCCACACUUUAGUCCACAAAAAUGCCCGCCAAUUCAGAAGUCCACACCGGGAAGAGCGGUCAGAGGACGGGGCAGUGUGCCCGUGCAGAGACAAGGACGCCGGGUAUUUCCUGUGAUGAACGCGGGUAUCUGGACCUCGUCCAACACAUUCUGCAGCAGGGUCACACAAAGGGAGACCGAACCGGGACUGGAGUCGUCUCUGUAUUCGGGGCUCAGGCCAGAUAUAGUCUGCGAGAUCAAUUUCCAUUGCUGACGACAAAGAAAGUGUUCUGGAAAGCGAUCCUUGAGGAGCUGUUGUGGUUUAUUAAGGGAUCAACAAAUGCCAAAGAGCUGUCGGAGAAAGGGGUGAAGAUAUGGGAUGCCAAUGGGUCUCGGGCGUUCCUGGACAACCUUGGGUUUACGGACAGAGAAGAGGGCGACCUGGGACCUGUGUACGGUUUCCAGUGGAGGCACUUUGGCGCAGAAUACACAAACAUGCACGCAGAUUACACAGGACAAGGUGUUGACCAGCUACAGAAAGUCAUUGACACCAUCAAAAAGAAUCCAGAAGACAGACGGAUCAUCAUGUGUGCCUGGAACCCCAAAGACCUGCCCGCCAUGGCUCUGCCGCCCUGUCACGCCCUCUGUCAGUUCUACGUAUGCGAUGGCGAGCUGUCGUGUCAGCUAUACCAGCGCUCUGGUGAUAUGGGUCUGGGAGUGCCUUUCAAUAUCGCCAGCUAUGCACUGCUCACCUACAUGAUCGCCCACAUCACAGGACUCAAGCUUGGUGAUUUCGUUCACACCCUGGGAGACGCUCACAUCUACAACAACCACAUCGAACCUCUCAAAGUACAGCUGCAGAGAGAGAUACGUCCCUUCCCCAAGCUGAAGAUCCUGAGAAAAGUGAAGAACAUCGACGAUUUCCGUGCAGAGGACUUUGAGAUCUGUGACUACAACCCUCAUCCUGCCAUCAAAAUGCAGAUGGCUGUGUAACAAGACGAUAAGGGACAAAUGUGGUGCAUGUCGGAGGAAAAUGUGCUUCGACAAACUAAUGGGAACUUGAUGCAAUCUCUUUGGGUUACGAAAGCCUCUAAUUACAGUAUAUUGCAUUCUUAAAGAUAUAAUCUACACUGUAACUGGUUAUUCAUUUUGCUUUUUUUUAAUUUUAAAUGAUUAAUGUAUUUCUGUAAAUAAAGGAGUUCUAUUUGUUGUCGA